AUGUUUGGAAGUCGUUGGUGGCGGGUUAAGGCCUCUUCGGUCUCCGCGACCAUCUUAAGAGGAUCUUUGAUGUACGCCACACUUAUGGGAAUUAUCUGCUUCAGCGUAGAAAGUGAUGGAAUCGAUGGUCGUUUGGUGGCCAGGAAUCGGAAGUGGUACAAAUGGUUCUGCUUGAUUUCGAGGAUACUGAUGUGUGGCCUCUAUAUUCAAAUAUAUAGACAUUUUAUUUUUUUUCUCAACACUUCUCAUUUUACGAUAAUCCUUGUUUUUCGGGUAUGCAUCUACAUUGCCUGCGCUAUCUUCACUCUGGUGAUACAGCUAUGGUAUGGACAACGAGUGGUUGAUUUGGUCAAUCGAUUCUUGCGGCUUUUCCAAAGGAUACAUGCCCUUCCAGGAUGUCAGGAUAUGGGCUAUGGUGGCAAGUGGGUGCUGGGUCUUCUGCUCUUAAAGGGUAUCGGUCUGGUGUAUGAAAGUCUCUACGUAAUUCCAUCACUCAUUUCUGAUAUGGAUAAUUAUUUUUAUCUGAUCACAAUUUGCGAUUUCUAUAAUACUGCCAAUGCCUCCAUAAUAUUGCAUGUCAACUUCGUGGCAUACGUCAGCAUAGGCAUCAUCUAUGACCAGGUCAACAGCUAUGUGCGACAUGAGCUUCGCCAGCAGCUCAGCGAAUUAAAUUCGAGCAACGGACUGCCAGUUAGUCGGAGAAAGCUAAAAGCCGCUGGCCACUGCCUGGACGAGUGCCUGGCCAUCUACGAAGAGGUUCACCAAUUGGGAAACACUUUUCACAGACUAUUCGAAUUUCCCCUCUGUAUUUUCCUAUUGUUUGGGUUCUUAAGCAUUGCGUCAAUUGCUUUCAUCAUCAUGUUAAAUUUAUAUAUGGGCAUGCGCCUAUGGCUACUGGCGAUUAAAGUAGCUUUGGAUGUUUUGUUGCUCACCGUGGCGGUUCACAUUGCAAGCUGCAACUCUCGAGUUGUGCGGCGGCUCAGCUUGGAGAGCUUCUAUAUAAGCGACAACAAGGAUUGGCAUAUUAAGCUGGAAAUGUUCUUGAACCGUUUGAACUAUUACGAAUUUCGAGUGCGUCCUUUGGGUCUAUUUGAGGUAUCCAACAAUCUGAUAUUGGUCUUUAUGUCCGGCCUGGUCACCUAUCUCACCUAUAUAAUGCAAUAUGACAUGCAAUCCAACCAAAUUUAA